AUGAUGGAGUACAUAGGAGCCUCAGGAAUUCCAAUAACAUUUGAUAAUGUUCCAAUUCAAGACAAAAUCGAUUUCCAUUUUAUACUCAGCUUUGCAAUCGACGCAGACCCCUCCGGUAAUUCUCAAAAUGGAACAUUUUCACCGUACUGGGCAAACACAUUAACUCCGGAUUCAGUUUUAGCCAUCAAGCAAAAAAACCCUAAUAAUGUAAAAGCCCUAGCUAGUCUUUCUGGUUGGAGUUUAGGGCAAAAAGUCCUGAGUUGGUACAACCCAAUAGACACCCAACUAUGGAUAUCAAAUGCUUUCACUUCCCUUAAAUUAAUAAUCCAAAAUUACCAUCUCGACGGCGUUGAUAUCGACUACGAAAAUUUCCCUAAGAAAAACAAUGCUACUUUUGCUUAUUGCAUAGGUGAGCUCAUCACCCUUUUGAAAAACCAAAGUGUUAUUUCAGUAGCAACAAUUGCACCGUAUCAUAAAACUAUGAUACCGUAUAUCGAAUUGUUUACGAAUUACGGGGGUGUGAUUGACUACGUAAACCAUCAGUUUUAUACUGAUAAGGUUGGAAGUCCAGAGGCAUAUUUGAGAGCAUUUACGCUUCGAGCUGCGCAGUUUGAUAAAGAGAAGUUGUUGCCUAGCUAUGAAGUGAAUGGAAGAGGUAUUCAAGGAGAUACAUUUUUUGAUGCUUUAGAGUUGUUGGAAGAGAAUGGAUUUGAUGUUAAUGGAGUUAUGAUCUUCUCAGCUGAUGCUUCUUCCUCUAAUAACUAUUAUUAUGAGAUCAAAUCUCAAGCUUUCUUGCUCAAUUCUACAAAUGCAUGA